UGUACAACCAUUUUCCCAUAAUUUAGUAUCUAAUCUUCUGUUAUCCUGCAUAAUUCCUGUCAAAUUUCCAAAUCUUCUAAGUUUAGUCAAAUCACAAGCAGACACUUCUCUAAAUUUACCACUCUCAACGCCUUCAAUAACAACCUGAGGCUGUUUGACAGUCAUUAAUCGUUAGAUAUAAACGAACAAAGCAGUCUCUCUUUUAUGUCUCUUUCAACUCUUGGUCUUUCAAUGGCUGGCUCCAAAAAAGUUAUGGGUUUUGCUCUUUUGAGCAUGGUGUUUACGUUAUCUUUGGCCCUGGACAUGUCCAUCAUUGACUACGAUCGCAGGCAUGGACAGCCGGUCAACAGAUCGGAAGCCGAGAUGAGGAUGAUAUACGAGAGGUGGGUGAUGAAGCAUGGGAAGCAGUACAAUGCGUUGGGUGAGAUGGAUAGGCGUUUCGAGAUAUUUAAGGAUAAUUUAAGGUUUGUUGAUGAACAUAACGCCGUGGAGAAGACGUACAAAGUGGGGUUGAACAAGUUUGCGGAUUUGAGUAAUGAUGAAUUCAGGAAGAUCUAUUUGGGGGCCAAGAAAAUGAGGGUUGAAAGGAAGGCCAAGAGUGAUAGGUAUUUGCAUAAAGUAGGAGAUGAGUUGCCGGAGUCUGUGGAUUGGAGGGAGAAAGGUGCUGUCGUUCCUGUUAAGGAUCAAGGCCCAUGUGGGAGUUGUUGGGCCUUCUCGACGGUGGCUGCAGUAGAAGGAAUCAACCAGAUUGUGACAGGAGAUUUGAUCUCUUUGUCAGAGCAGGAGCUAGUGGAUUGUGACCGAGCAUAUAACCAGGGUUGCAAUGGAGGUCUCAUGGAUUAUGCCUUCGAAUUUAUUAUCAACAAUGGCGGUAUUGACACAGAACAGGAUUAUCCUUACAAGGCUACCGACAGAAGCUGUGAUCCUAACAGGAGAAAUGCUCGUGUUGUUACCAUUGAUGGAUACGAAGAUGUUCCAGAAAAUGAUGAGAAAUCGUUGAAGAAGGCUGUGGCACAUCAAUCUGUUAGCGUCGCCAUUGAAGCUGGUGGCAGGGCUUUCCAACUCUACGAAUCCGGUGUAUUCACUGGACGCUGUGGAACCCAAUUGGAUCAUGGGGUGGUUGCUGUUGGCUACGGCACAGAAAAUGGCAAGGACUACUGGCUUGUGAGGAACUCCUGGGGGUCAAGCUGGGGAGAGGAUGGCUACAUCAAGAUGGAGCGCAAUGUUAACACUUCAACCGGCAAGUGUGGCAUAGCAAUGGAGGCUUCUUAUCCCACCAAGAAAGGCCAAAAUCCCCCAAAUCCUGGUCCCUCUCCACCAUCUCCUGUAUCCCCCCGCCCCACUCAUGUCUGUGACGACUACUACUCGUGCCCAGAGGGAAGCACUUGUUGCUGCCUGUAUCAGUAUGGCGACUUCUGCUUCGGCUGGGGCUGCUGCCCUUAUGAAUCCGCAGUCUGCUGCAAUGACCAUAUGAGCUGCUGCCCCCAUGACUACCCGGUCUGUGACACCAAUGCUGGAACUUGCCUAAUGAGUGCCAAAAAUCCAUUGGCAGUGAAAUCCAUGAAGCAAAUUGCUGCUACAGUUAUUAAAGCUCAUCCCAUGGCUGCCAAGAAGAACAAUAAGAGCAACUGAGAAUCCCGGAAUACAUUCUGGGACUGAAGGAAACCUGAAAAAUGGUGCAAACUUUGUUAAGAGCAGAGUAUUGAAUUUGGUGAUAUAAUUGUUGUACAGAAGUUUCAAUAUAUAUUGUCAAAUAGAAAGCUAGAAACAACUCUCAAAUGGGAACUGGGAAGCCAUGAAUAACUUUCUUAUUGGCUCAGUUUGUGAAUACAUUUACAUUGUUUCAAUCAUUAAUCUAAUAAACUGUCAGCACUUCA